GACAAUAUAGUGUGUCGGCCUGUAAACAUCAUUUGUCGGUAAGCUGCACUUUCCCGUUGAUGAAGCACAGGUUAUCUCGAUGUCAGCGAGGGCUUCCUGUUGAAAGUGGAGUAUAUAUAUAUUUGGCUGUAGGCGGUCGUCAAGACGAGUUCCUCGCUAGGUUUUCGAGAAGGACGAUCACACUCAGUGUGCAGUGACAGCCAGCGGAGACAGUACACAAGGACACCAUGCCAAACACCAAGAAUGACAUCGCCAAGUCCUUUGACAAGGAUGGCUACAUCAGCCCCAUCGAAGUCCUGGACGGCGAGGAGACGAAAGAACUUCGGAACAACUUCAACAAGUUUGAGGAGGACAUAGGACAAGAAAAUGCACAAUACUCGCUGCACAAUGUGCACAUGGAGCACCCGUGGGUCCUGCGAGUGGCCACACACCCCCGUCUACUGGCCCCCCUGCGAGCCAUCCUGGGACCUAACAUCCUCCUGCUGGACUCCCGCUUUAUCUGCAAGUACCCAACCCCCGAGGACAAGGAUGCCUUCGUGGCCUGGCAUCAGGACGUGCGGUACUGGGGUGUGGAAGGCGAUGUGGUGAGCGUGUGGCUCGCAGUGGACGACGCUGACGUGGAGAACGGGUGCAUGCAUGUCAUCCCUGGUUCCCACAAAAUUGGCAUCCUCACGCAUGAGAGUUCGGAUAAGGACGGAAACCUGCUGAGCUCUAACCAGUCCAUACCCUUUGACCUGUUUGACGUCACUAAGUCCACGCCCUGCCCUCUAAAGGCAGGGCAGAUGUCGCUGCACCACGGUCACCUGGUGCACGGCAGUGAGACCAACCGCUCGUCGCGUCGUCGCUGUGGUUACGUCAUCCGCUACAUCGCCACCACCGCCCGUCCGCUCGACGACCCCGACCGCCCGCGCAAGUUCCCCGCGACUGUACUGGUAUCGGGCAGUAACAACACCAACAACUUCGACGACCACUCACCUGCGUGGUAUGACUGGCGUGUCUAGGUCACGUGAUGGCAAGCGACUGCUCUCUGUCCAGACGGCAGGUCGGAAAGUCGAUAGAUUUUCAUUAACAAAUUUGGGUGUGCGGGUAAAUUCUUCUUUUCGGAUAUAGUUUGAUACUCGUCAAACUGAUAACUUCAAAUGCAUUUCGCGAAUGUAUAUUUAUUUCAACAAUGAUGUUACAUUUUUUUACUCCGCCAUUUUCCGUGUAAUUUGUCUUUUGAUAUAACCUCCUCUUAGAAAAAGAAUCUCUGGACAUGUCACUUAUGUAAUGACUAUUGGCAAGCUUGACCAUGUAACUAGGGGCUUUGUGCGGUUAGUAAACUAGUUGAUGUUGCUGUGGAGUUGUUGAUAACAUCCUUAAUGAUUUUAGCACUUUGUGAGUGAAGGAAUGAGGUGACACACUUCACUUUAGUUCCGUGAGUAUUGUUGAGUCCACAACUUUCACAAUGUCACGUACAGACUCAGUCCCUUCACUGUUUAUAGGCGGGACUAAAAUGAGCAUUAACCGAGACUGUAUCACAAGACUAAUCCGUUUAAUUUUAACUUCCAUGAAAGUUUUUUUUCAAUAAAAUAUUUUGUCCACUGUC